CCCUGGGGGGCCGGUGGGGCUGCACCCCCAGGGCCUUGGGGGGAAAAUGGGGGGUAUGGCAAUGGCCUGAGGUUCAAUGGUGUCUGGAGGGACCCCAGUGCCCACCAGGCCUGGGGGUGCGGGACGGGGCUGAAGGUCCGUCCAUUCACAGGGACCUGACUGAGAACCCCCUGACGUCCCUCCCCAACGGCUCCUUCCUGGGCUUCACCCACCUGCAGCUCCUCGCGGUGCCGCCGGCGCUGGAGUGUCCGGGCGGGAGUGACGCCUGGCAGGAUGUGACAGUGGACGGGAGCAUCCGGCGAUGCCGGGGCCAGAAAAACCCCUGCAACGGCUCCGCGGAGCUCGCCUGGCCGUGUCCCGAAAACUCCGCCUGUGCCCCCGAUGGCCCCGGCCUCGUCCAGUGCCUCUGUGACAGCCCCUUCCACAGCUACAAGUGCCUGCGCGAGGGCACGUUCCCGGGGCUGCUCUUCGGUGGGAUCCUGGGCACUGCCACCGUAUCCCUGUCCCUGCUGCUGUGGGGCACCCAGCGGAGGAAGGCCAAGACCCCCUGAGUGGGGCAGGGGGGCUGCGGAUGGGCAGGGGAACCCCUGGCCUGGGGGUCUCUGUGCCCAGGCCCGGCUGUCCCUUUUGUGGCUGCCAGGGAUCAAUAAAGCCACAGGUUUUCACCAUG